AUGUUGGAGAAAAUGUUAAAGUUUUAAAUAGUGAGAAAAGGAGAAAAAAUAAAAGAUAUUCAACCAUUAUUACCUAUUAUUCACAUCAUCACUAAUGAUAAAUAAAAUAAUUUAUCAUAGACAAUAGAUCAUUAAUAAUUAGGGAAUCGAUAUUGUGGAACUUAUCGUAGUAAUAGUUAGAAAAGAAAUUAGAUAAAAUCUAUAAGAAGAUCAAAAGGUGUAGGAUAUAGGCAGAUGAUAGAUAAUUAUAAAAACUCUAGUAGAUAAAGUCAAGAAAAUCCAUUUUAGGAGGAGCUGUUAAUAAAGCCAUUUUAAAAUAAUAAAAGGCAAGAACAAAUUACUGAGAGAUAGAAUACUUUGAUGGAUUAUCCUUAAAAGAAAUUUCAUACAUUGGAGGCUACAACAAAAAAUAUAAGAUAUAAUUCAUAGCCAAAAAAGACGGAAACAACUGAGACUGACAUGAAAAUUACUCCUUAUAUACAUUAAAAUAAAAGAUUUUAAUGUAUUGAUUAUUUCUACAUAGUUUGA